AUGGACAAGCCGGGGACUUCUAAAUCUACAGAAGGAGGAGAUGACGAUCCUUCCAAUACACCAUCGUCCUCGGCGUUCACACUGGGCCAGAAUCCGAUUCAACGGUGAGUUACGUUAUGUUACAAUCCUUCGCUUUAAUGAAUCUUUCAGCUUUUACUUCAUAUAAUAGCAUAUAGCAAAAGGUAUCAGUAUGUAUGGAACUGACAUCCUUAUAUGACUCUUUUUGUAUUACAGUCGGGUUGAUAUGCCAUUUUGAACCACAUAUAACUUAUAUUAAAAAUUGAAAAAUAUUUUAAAAUACAUUUUGAAACUUGAACUUGUAGCCUGACUGGAAUGAGAUCUCCGACAAACCUAUCAGAAUGGCAAUUACAAGCAAUCUUGUUCAAAGCAAAGCUGGUACAAUACUAUGACAUUUUUAUAUCUCUGGGUGGAGAUGACAUUGACCAGAUCAUGACAAGCGAUGAGAGGGAGUUUCUCGAGAUCAUGAGCUUGGUGGGAAUGGCAGAGAAGCCGCUUCACGUCAGGAGACUACAGCGGACAUUGGCGGUAAGAUUAUACUGUAAUUGUUACAGUAGCGGGGUUGUUAUAAGCAUGAAAGGGGUUUUGUGGCAUUUUAAAUUGGGAUGUAUCAAGUUUAAACUUAUUUGGUAAAUGUCAAAGUUAAUGUUAUACCUUACAGGAAUUCUCGACCGACCGUCUCCGCUUCCUAAACGAGCAGAUUCCUCACAUUGGUCUACCCCCAAUUCCCCCUGCCCUGGCCGCCAUCCCGUCGGCCGAGACCUUCUACACGGCCUUCCAGUACCUGAAUCCUUCAGCCUUCACUCCUGAUCUCUCGACUUUCAACUUUUCUCCUUUGAUCUCUGCCGCCCUCAAACAGUCAGCGGCUUCUAAAAUGGCUACCGUACUCCCACCCCUCACACCGUCCACAUCACAGUUACCACCGUUGCCUGCACUAUCCAGAGUGACUUCUCAGCCUUCUUUGGCUUCACAGACUUCUCUGGCUUCACAAUCAUCCUUAACAUCUCAGACGUCGGUGCCAUCUCAACAUUCAUUACCACCUCAACCAUCGCUGUCUAGUCAGAUUAGCAUCAAUCGACCAGCACCUAUGGUAAAACACGAGCCUCAACCUAGUACUAGUCGAGUUUCAGCGGAGAGUACGGUAUGGCGAGAUACUCCGAUCCUUACUUUGGAAGAUGUCACUAAACUAAGGGCUCAUGUUGAUCAAGUUUUGAGGUUUGAACCUAAUGUCGGGCCGAAACAGAGCAAGCGACAGGUCCAAAAGUAAGGUUUAUAUUGGUACAGAUAGUUAUUACACUUCUUUGUCACUAUGUUAAUAUAAAAAGGGCGUUUAGAAGCGUUUAAAAUGUUAAUAACGAUCUUAAACUUGAUAUUAUACCUCCAUUUUUACUAAUAUAACCAUGACUUUUAAGACAUCGUCGCCUGAUGGAAGUGAUGCAAACUCCAGAAUCCGACCCGAAUCGUGAAGCCGACUUCAGAAAGUACUCUGCCAUUUACGGUAGCUCGAAACGAAACCCAGAGAAAGCGUUGACAUUCCACGAAGUUCUGAUUAACGAAGCUGCUGCCCAGAUCUGUCUACAACGACCAGCCAUGUUAACCAUCAGGGAUCGACUGUUCACGUUGGCCAGAAGUGCGGUGAGGAACGCUGGCUUCCCUGGAUUCAGAUUCAUGAAGCCGGAAGACAGAAGAGCCAGAGGCGAUCGAUCUACUACUCCUCAGAGUGGCUUUUCUAAUAGAUCUGGAUGGUAGGUUAACAUUUUUUUGACUAGGCUAUUGGUGUAGUUGGUACAAAUAGUUAUUACUUUGUGAUUAAGAAGGGACAUGCCUUGUGUUAGUAUGUACUGUAAGUAAAAAACGUAUUUUAGUUCAACACCAUGCCCAGAAGAGCUAGCCAGAAGUCACACAGCGAGUGUGGAGCCAUCAGAAGAGGUAGAAGCUCCAUCGCCAAAAAGAAAGCGUUCCCACUCUCCGUAG